AUGCCUCAAUAUACAACAGAGGCAGAAUCAGAACGUCUUGUCCGCCGCAUCAGGUAUAUGGAAGAAGUUCACAGACUUCACUCUCCAGCUCCUCUUUUGGCACACCAACACCGCCAGAGUGACGCUACCAGUGACUCCUGCAUUCCUAUGGAUCUUCCUUAUUGGCAAUGGAAUGGUCUUGGUAAUAAAUGGCACCCAGAAUCAAUUAUGUACGAAACAAUCGAAGAUGUACUAGAAAUAUUCGAGAAGCAACAAGUCAAUGCGACAAGCCUUAACCUCGAUACAAACAGGCAACGCCUUAUGCCUUUAAACAUGAAGAACCGAUAUCAGCGUUCUUGGUUCAACACUACUCUUAAAGGACGCAAUCUAUCUUGGGAGGAGAUCAAGACCAUAUGA